AUGACCCUGGAAGCGCCAUUGCUGGCCCACUUCGCCCGGCUCCGCCAGGGACACGUGGUUCCCUGGCGCAGCCGCUGGUGGCGUGUGUUCUGGGAAACCCCGCUCCUGGCCGGCGACAUCGAAACGGCGGCGGCCCCCCAUCUCCUCAAGCAGGUGUGGGAGGGCAACCAAGUGAACUACGUGAUGAUGGUGAGGGUGGUGGCGGCAAAAGUGGUUGAGGACGCCGGCGACAUGCCCACGCGCCACUUACUUAGCUGUCUCCGGUGGCUUGUGCGGUUAGUGCCCUACGGCUACGAAGUGGGCGCCGGCGACGCCAUGUGGUGGGACACGCGUCCCUUCGACAAGAUGCUUGGUGAGCUUGCUACGCUCCACUCGGCGGCAAGCGACGUGCCCCCGCACUUAGCACCCGACUUACUAAAAGCGCUAUUAGCGCUUCUCCACCGCCCCGGUUUUACCAGCGAUAGCGACGCCGGCGCCAUGUGGGAGCCCGGAUUGGGCCAGCCGCAGACGCGACCUUACACUGACCCCAACGUCGUCGUCGACGCCAACCGGCUUGACGUGCUCCGAGCGGUAAUGGUGGUGGUGGCCGAGGGGAUGACGCGCGACCCGCACCUGCUUGUGGUCCAGGGGCUGAGGUGCCUUCUGUGGCUUGUGAGCGAGGCGCCGCGGGUGGCGCUCCUCACCCUGGUGUGUCUGAUGCUUAACCUGUGGUGCCGUGCCACCGACAACACUCACGGCAAGCUCGAGUACCCGGCGCUGGCGUCGCUCACCGAAACGCGGCGCCACUUCGUCACCGUGUGUCUGCAGUUGGUGGUGCUCAUGGUGUCGUACCCCGUACCGCCGCUGGGCCCUAGAAACAUGGUGCGCCACUAUUUCAGUCGCCUUGGUGAGGACGACCUAGAUUUCAUCUUCACCGCCGUCAUUUCCCAAGGGUCACUGUCGAUGUUAACGGUGGAAACGGUGCUGUUGGUGUGGGAACUUGUCCAGUGUAAUAAGCGGGCGGUGCCGCUCAUAGCGAACAAGUACGGCGCCGAGCUCGUGGUGCUGCUUAUCGGGCAUCUCCGCAAAACGGGACCAUCAUUUCAAGUGCUGGCGCAGUUUUUGUGGUACCUCAGUUCACGUGCCGACCUCCUCCAGACGUUAUUUACCCCGAUGGGGCGCGUGUACGACGAGUUGCCGGCGCUGGUAAAAGUGCUGCCGGCGCCCACCACUACGCGAGACUACGCGGUGAUGUCGCUUUGUCCGGUGGUGUCCAAGGCCAGCGACCCCAUGUUGGCGCUGGCGCUUUAUAACUUUAUCGUGGCGACGUCGCUGGCGCCGGUGCCGGCACCGCAAGACCCUACGCGCCGUCUCGCGAACACCAACAUCGACGGCGGUCUCAGCUACGCUCUGUGUGCCGCCAUUACCACGUUAAUCAAACUGUUGGCGCUGUAUGAUCUGUUCCAACACCGGGGGCGCCACUCGCGGGCCCUCGCGCUCGUGGUGAGGGCUUUAGUGACCGCAGUGUGUCAUCAUCCCGCGGCGCUGAGGAUGGUGCUGCUAUCGCUCUGGCGAAACGAAUCAGUGUAUCGUCAACUUGCUAAAGUAUUGUUCCUGGUGAAAACCGCACCGCCGCCGCCCAAUGAAGAUGACGAUGGCGACAUUGAGCUUUGUGGGUUCAGUGCUGCCCACCGCGAGAAGCUUCCUCAAGGAGCGCUGAUUCUGCGUGCUUGGGGCGCCACCACUGAUGUCCACAUCUUACUUAAUUACAUUAUGCCCCUAUACAAACGAACAGUGGACGCCGAUGACUCGCCAGUUACCGACGCCGGGCUUGACUCGUAUCAUGUGGCCUGCCUCUUCGAGAAAAUUGAUUUUGAGCCGCUUUAUCGCAGCCACAUGCUCCGAUGGGACCAGUACCCUCUGGCGACGGUGGCGCUAAUACGCUCCAAGUGGACACCAGCCCGCCUUGGCGACUACCUCGCGCUUAUUUACCACCAGAUAGUGACGGGCGCUGACGAGUGUCGCCGCCUCAGUGGAGGCAAUCUGCUCAUGAAGGGGCUCAACGACUCAUUGGCCCACAUGCUGAAGUUCACCAGCAGUUGGCGUGGUCUUUGGGGGGCGAAGGAAGAGCCGCUGUCUCCCGAAGUGCUGCUGCUGGUGGUGGAGUACGUCGAGCGCAGCGUUUGGGACCACGGACCGUGGCACCACCUCAAAAUCUCGGUGUACCCGUUCCCGGAUACCCAGGGGCUUGAUCAUCUCGCACGCCGCCUUUCGGGGAUGUGGCUGAAUUCCACUGAUACUGUCAGUGACGUGGAGCCGCCCCUGCCGCCGCAACGUCCGCACUACUCGCCUCGCAACUCCAUGGCCAGUCUCCACUCCCUCAAUACCCUCAAUCGCUCGCGGAGCUCCAUUACCCACGCGCUGUAA